AUGGACGACGGCAAAAUAAUAUUAAUUGGUAAUGAAGGAGAUAUUUUGCACUGUGGAUAUAGUCAUACUCUAAGCGAUGGCGGUAAAAGAUAUCCAUCAGCUGAUCAUUAUGCGCAUGCAAUGAUCCUCACACAACUCGGCUUAGAUGAAGCACUUAUUCUAGAGUUAUUGUGCACUUCGAGUGCCGAUGUUCCAGUUAAGGCUCGUCAAUUGUUGCAAGAAAAUAUGCCAACAGGACAUGACAUGAAUUCUUUGGCGAGUUAUCUGCAAACAAGUCGUCAAUCAUAUACAAUGCAAGGGUUGAGAAUACGAGUAGAGCAAGAUGCAGCGUUUGAAAAAGCUUUAAUGGAUACAAAAGAUGCGUUGUUGAUUGUUUGUGAUGCACGUGACAGUGAGCUUGGAAUUGGUAUGGAUGAAGAUACCUUUGUGGAUUGGAUGGCAAAAGAAAAAGUUGAUGCUGCAAUGUUGGGACAUUGGAUGCGAAAUGAAAGGGGUCGACCACCACAAUUAGGACAUAAUCAGUUGGGAUAUUUUCUUAUGUGGCUGAGGUAUGAGGUUUCUGAAAAAAGACGGGCUGCUUUACUUAGCACCCAGUCUAUUGAAGUGGAUGGUAUUUCAACUGACCAAAAUGGUGACACAAUAAAAACAACCACGUCUGAUCUGGUCCUUUCGCUUCAAGGCAUUUUCCGACCUCUGAGUAAUUAUUAUGCAUUAUCUUUUGAUAUGAAAGGGGAAAAGUACAGAUCAGUGGAACACUAUGCUUAUCAAAGGCUUUUUGACGCUCUCCGCCUUGACGACAAAUGCAUUGAAAAAAUUCGAACCACCGUAGAUCCAUCAGAUGUUGCGCUUGUUGCCAGAAGAGUUUUCAAACAACAAAAGCUCAGUGAUGGAGCGGUGGAUUCAAAGAUGGGUCGUCUAGAUAGAUGGCGUCAAUCUGCUAUGAAACAUAAGAUGACAAAGAAUGAGGCUCUGCAGCAGUUACUGCUUUCUACUGGACAUGCAUUGUUGAUUGAUACUACAGAAAGUGACAAAGCAUGGGCAUCUACAGCAGAUGAAUUCGAGCUGCAGCAUUUGUUGACGAAACGAUACAUUCUUCCAGGUACAAUCAUCGAUUGGAUGACCGAACGAACAAAACCUCCAUCAGCUCUUUCCCAUAUCAGAGGAAAUAAGACAGGACUUUUGCUGAUGGAGUUGCGUUCAAAAUUUGCUGCGUUAUCGCCAACACAGAAUCGUAUUCCACUGGUGUCACCACUUGUAACAGCGAUGGAGUUACGAACUCUACUGUCAGCCCACAUGAUUUGUUUUACUGCGGAAAGUGUUUUUCAUUUUUUGUAUCCAGCACAAAUUCGUUUGCCGAAUGCAGCAGAAACGUUACCUUCACCAGCUCAUUACAUAGCUAAGCAAGCCAUAAGGUAUUUCAACAUUUGUGCAGAAGAUGCUGCUUAUAUAAAUGAAAGUAUACACAGCACAGAGUGUUGGUAUAGGAUGAAUACUAUAGUUGAAUCAAGUAAUCCAACGCUUGACAAAGUUCAGGGUUGGUACAUGGAUGAGCGUCAGAGAGCAAUAAAAGUUGCAUUAACGAUGAUGUUUGAACAGCAUCCCCCUCUCAUGAGGGCAUUGUUAGAUACAGGAGAUGCUUUGCUAGUUUAUUGCUCAAGGUAUUCAUCACUCGAAGCUGAACUCACUGUUGGUAUGAGAGAGCGUGAUUUACGCGCGUGGCUAGCACAAAUUGAUAUCGAUACCAGACAGCUUUUUGAUUCAACAGUCCGUCCUUUGGCAUUUCGACCACCAUAUCUUGGUGGAAAUCGAUUAGGAUUAAUCUUGAUGGAAAUAAGACGAGAAUUUAUGUUGCGAGGAGUUUUUCCACAACAACUUCCCGAACUACAGAUUGGCGUUGAAGCGGUUCUUGGUUCUGAAUCACCAGCUGAAAAUUAUGUAUCAAUUUAUCCGUUUGAUGUAUUAAACUCCGAUAAUUUUACGGCGCUUUGGACAAAUCCAUUUUUAUUGCUCGCAAAACAGAACAAGGACGGCGAACUUUGGACACAAGCAAAUUCGGUCAAGUUGGCGCCAAAACUGAUAUCAAUCAAUGAAGCGACACUUUCUGCUAUAGUUGAUGAGUUGGAUGUUAUGGAAAAAGUUACUGAAGACGAUCUUGAAAACUACUCCGUUGAAGACUUACGUGCUGUUUUUGUUCGCCUAGCACUUAGGAUGCGAAACCGUCUAGUGGAAACUGAGGCGCAACAAAAUGAAAUGAAUCUUCUAGCAAGGGAAAUUACCGCAAUGCAAAAUAUGAGAAGAGCGCUGGAAGAAAGGAAAGUACAGUUAGAAGGAGGUCCUAUGCAGGAACGAAGAGAAAAACGAGAACUUCCACCGCCGCUGGUUCGGACAGAGCUACCGCCACUUCUAAUGCGUGGCUAUUCCCCGCCUCGUAAAUGGGAUGAAAAACGUAAGCCAAUACAACGACGAUACUCACCUCCUGAGGAAAAGCUCCCACGACGUCGUAGCCCUGCACGGUUAAAAUCGCCUCCUUCGCAUAUAGUUCGGAAAUCAUCGCCCUCUUCUAAAUUACCAUUAAAACAACAGAAAGUGAUGAAACCUCCCGUAGAUGAAAGUGAAUUGUCCGACGGAGAAAUCUUGAGCGACUAA